AUGACGACAAUGAUAGGCACUCUGUCUGCGUUUGACGUGAAGGAGCAGACAUGGGAAGAAUAUUGUGAGAUACUAGAGCAGUUUUUUGAAGCUAACGGAAUUGAUGAUGGAGAAAAGCAGAGAGCUAUCCUCAUCAGCGUGGUGGGACCAGCCACAUACAAGCUCAUAAGGAACCUGGUGAGUCCAGAUAAGCCCAGCUCGAAAACAUACGGUCAGUUGAAAACUUUAAUGAAAGAGCACUUCAAUCCAAAACCGAGCGAAAUAGUGCAGAGAUACAAAUUUGACUCGCGCUCCCGCCAGCCUACUGAGACCGUCAGUGCAUACGUAGCAGAACUGAGACGAUUAGCACAUGAUUGUAACUAUGGUGUUACGCUGGGACAGAUGUUAAGAGACCGACUUGUGUGCGGUAUUAAUGAUGACAGAAUUCAAAGACGCUUGCUGUCUGAAACAGACUUGACUUUUGAGAGAGCAUUCAAAAUUGCAGUAGCUGCAGAAGCUGCUAAUAAAAAUGUUCAAGACCUCCAUAAAGCACCGUUAGUAGCAUGCAACAGCAUGAGGACGGAGGGAACACUAAAAAAGGAGGGAGAAUGGAAAAAGAGAGAUAAAGAAUGCUACCGAUGUCAUGGGAAGCAACACAGUGCAGCCGAGUGUAAAUUUAAGGACGCAAAGUGUCACUGCUGCGGGAAAGUAGGACAUAUAGCUAAAGCUUGCCGAAAUAGAAAUAAGGAAGGUGCACGUCCCAGUGAAAAGAAAACAUACAGAGCAGAGAAAACCUACAGAGCAGAGCGGCGUUCAUGCCCACAUCGAUCACAUAACGUAGACUGUGAAAAGCAGGAUGGUGAUAGAUCCGAAGAGGAAGCAUUCACAUUAAACUGCAUGGAAACGGAGACAUCAAUUCAGAGAAUAAAACCGUUUGAAGUGACGAUGAAAGUGAAUAAGAAGGCAGUACCUUUUGAAAUUGAUACAGGAUGCAGUGUAAGCAUAAUGAAUGAGACGAAGUUCAAUGAGAUGUGGAACGAAAAGCAACGUCCGCAAAUAAGACAAACUAAACUUCUACUGAAGUCGUAUACAGGGGAGAAAAUCAAAGUAGUGGGGGUAGCCAAUGUGGAAAUCAACUACGAGCAGCAAGUAAAGACGUUGCCCCUAGUGGUGGUUAAAGGUACAGGACCUAGCUUGCUAGGAAGAGGAUGGCUAGAGGCUCUAAAGUUGAAGUGGGAAGAAAUCAAAAAUGUGAGAACAGAGGCACAAAGUCUACCGGAAGUGCUCAUGAGAAAUGAGGAUGUUUUCAAGCAGGAGUUAGGCAUGUUAAAGGGCAUGAAAGCAACAAUUCGAGUAUCUGCGGAAGCACAUCCUAAAUUCUAUCGGCCCCGCUCAGUCCCUUAUGCCAUGAGGGCAAAAGUAGAAGAGGAGAUAGACAGGCUGCUGAAGGAGAACAUCAUAGCUCCCGUUAAAUACGCUGAAUGGGCCGCGCCCAUAGUUCCUGUCUUGAAGCCAAAUGGGUCGGUCCGAAUAUGCGGAGAUUACAAACUAACCGUUAACAGUGCCUCCUCACUAGAACAAUACCCUAUUCCCCGUGUCGAAGACCUGUUCAAUACUCUGUCAGGAGGAAAACAGUUCUCCAAGCUCGAUCUAAGCCACGCCUACCAACAGAUCGUAAUGGAUGAUGCCUCAAAGAAAUACCUCACAAUAAACACACACCGAGGCCUGUUCACCUACAAUAGGCUCCCUUUCGGAGUCUCAUCAGCUCCCGCCAUCUUCCAACGAACGAUGGAAAACCUGCUACAAGACCUUCCAAGAGUGGCUGUGUAUCUAGACGACAUUAUUCUGACGGGGAGAGAUGAAGUCGAACAUCUGAGAACACUGGAUGAGGUACUUAGGCGACUGAAAGACGCUGGCCUACGACUUCACAGAAGCAAAUGUGCGUUUCUACAAAAUGAGGUGGAAUAUCUAGGGCAUGUAGUUAAUGCUGAAGGCUUACAUCCUUUACAGAGCAAGGUGAGAGCCAUAGAGGAAGCUCCAUCUCCCACCACAGUAACUGAGCUAAAGGCCUAUCUAGGUCUUUUGAAUUAUUAUAACAAGUUCCUCCCUAGUCUAGCUACACGCUUAGCCCCGUUACACAAGCUGCUGAGGAAAGAUGUUCCGUGGGCCUGGAACAAGGAGCAGGAAGAAGCUUUCCAGAACUCAAAACAGUUGCUGAAAUCAGCUAAAGUCCUGGGUCACUAUUCAGCGGACAAAGAUUUAGUGCUUGCGUGCGAUGCCUCUCCAUACGGAGUAGGUGCCGUACUGUCACAUGUCAUGGAAGACAGUAGUGAAAAACCUUUAGGCUUCAUGUCACGCACACUAACACCAGCAGAGAAGCGCUACUCACAGCUCGAUAAGGAGGGGUUAGCCGUCAUUUUUGGGAUCAAAAGGUUUCACAAAUACAUCUACGGACGAACAUUCAAAAUCACCACUGACCACAAACCACUGAUAUCACUUUUUCAUGAGAAAAAGCCAGUGCCACAGAUGGGGUCACCAAGAGUACAGAGGUGGGCGACACUCCUCAGAGCUUAUGAGUAUAAGAUCAUAUACAAACCUGGCCAGGAACAUACAAAUGCAGAUGCACUGAGCAGACUACCACUGCCGCAAACAGAGGAAGAGGAUGAGACAGAGCAGGUCCUCAUGUUGGAGGUCAUGGAGGAUCCACCAAUCACGACAAAACAGGUUAGACAGUGGACAGCUAAGGACGAAACACUCUCCCAAGUGCUAGUAUGGUGUCUAAAAGGAUGGCCGAGGGAGGUGGAUGCAGUGUACAAACCCUACAGUCAGAGAAAACUGGAGCUGAGCGUGAAAGAUGGGUGUGUGCUCUGGGGGGCCAGAGUGGUCAUUCCGCAGAGGAGUAGGGAAGAAAUUUUAAAACAGUUACACCACACACACCCAGGAAUAUCGAGAAUGAAGGGCUUAGCACGUUCAUACGUUUGGUGGCCGGGGAUGGACUCCGAAAUUGAAAAGGAAGUGCAGUCCUGCCAUACAUGUCAGGAAAGCAGGAACCCUCCAGCAGGAGCACCGCUACAUCCAUGGGAAUGGCCGGAGACACCCUGGAGCAGACUGCAUGUGGAUUACGCCGGCCCGUUUCUAGGAAAAAUGUUCCUUGUCAUUGUAGACGCACACUCCAAAUGGAUUGACGUGUACCCAACAAGCACAGCAACAAGUCAAGUGACCGUUGAAAAGCUCAGACAGUGUUUUAGCAUACAUGGCCUGCCCCAGACUUUAGUAUCCGAUAAUGGAACUUGCUUCACAAGCCAAGAGUUUCAAGCAUUCCUAAAACAGAAUGGCAUACAGCACAUAACAUCCGCUCCAUUCCACCCGGCGUCAAACGGCCUAGCGGAAAGAGCUGUACAGUCAUUCAAACAAGGAAUAAAGAAGAUAAAAGGAGACACUCUGGACACAAGAAUAGCUAGAUUUCUGUUUAAUUACAGAAUUACACCGCAAACCACGACCGGAUUGUCACCAGCUGAAAUGCUCAUGUCCAGGAGAUUGCGCUCAACUCUGGAUCUUCUACUGCCUGAUGUGAAGUCAAAGAUACGUAAGAAACAACUCAAGCAGAAAGAACAACAUGACGCACAUAGUAAGUGGAGGAGUUUUUCUCCUGGGGAUGAGGUGUACACCCGAAACUACAGUCAUGGACCCCGUUGGGUACCAGCAGUCGUUGAAGAGAGCACAGGACCUGUAUCCUAUACGGUACAAACAGGAGAUGGAAGAGUCAUGAGACGUCAUGUCGAUCAAAUUAAAAAACGGCAUACCAUAGUAACUGGUGAAACGCCUAUGCCUGACAGUACAGAGGAGCCUACCGGUCUUCAGGUCUCUGAUACAGUAUUGGAGGGCCCGCCUGCAGACUUUGCCGUCACCACUUCGGUCAGAGAGAGAAUGACUGCUUCUGAGACAGCCCAAGCACACCCCUCAGUUGUGGAACAGACAGAAACAGAGGCAGAUCCACUACCUGUGCUGCGCCGCUCCGAGCGCACAAGACAGACUCCUACUUACCUGAAAGACUUUGUGAAAUAG